AUGGGCUCCCAACCAUCAAAGACCGCCGCCGUCGACCCUUCGAGCGAGAAAGAACUCCUCGAGCGCCUUCGCCGAUUCCAGGUAACCGAAAAUGAGUUGGUCAACGUAGAAAACGGAGGCGGGGACGAGAAGACCGGCAUGAAGCUUCUCCGCGAGCCUGAGGGUCUGCCCGUACACUUGACACAAUCAUGGCAAUCCCGCUUCCUCUCCGAUCCCAAGAAUAAACUCGCCCUCACAGCGCUCAGCACCGCCGACCCGCGAACCGUCUUGACCUCGACCUCGACCAAGCUCUCGGAUCCGCAAAUCUUCAACGUCAAGAUCCCCUUCGAGGGCGGGCCCAUCACAAACCAGCGCUCCUCCGGCCGCUGCUGGCUCUUCGCCUCCACAAACACCUUCCGCGUCGCCCUCAUGAAGCGCUACAACCUCGAGGCCUUCGAGCUCUCCCAGUCCUACCUCUUCUUCUGGGACAAGCUCGAGAAGUCAAACUACUUCCUCGAGCAGAUCAUCGACACCGCGGCCGAGGACCUCGACGGCAGGCUCGUCCAGGCCCUGCUCGGCGACAUCGUCAGCGACGGCGGGCAGUGGGACAUGGUCUACAACCUCGUGCAGAAGUACGGCCUCGUCCCGCAGGCGCUGUACCCGGACAGCUGGAACGCCAUGAACUCGGGCGUCCUCAACUCCAUCGUCAAGACAAAGCUGCGCGAGUACGCCCUCAUCCUGCGCAAGGAGAUCCGCUCCGGCUCGGCCACGGCGCAGACGCUCUCCUCCACCAAGGAGAAGAUGGUCCGCGAGAUCCUGAGCAUCCUCACCCUCACCCUCGGCCCGCCGCCGAACCCGCGCGAGGAGUUCACCUGGACCUACCUCGAUAAGAACGGCAAGGCGCACGAGCUCACAACGACGCCCGCGGCCUUCGCAAAGGACAUCUACUCCUCCGACUUCCGCAUCACCUCCGCCGUCAUCGAGGGCAUGGUCUCCCUCGUCCACGACCCGCGCCACGAGCCCCUGACGCUCAUGACCGUCGACCGGCUCGGCAACAUCGUCGGCGGCCGCGGCGUGACCUACGUCAACGUCGACAUGGCGACGCUUAAGUCCGCGUGCGUCUCCAUGCUUAAGGCGGGGCUGCCCGUCUUCUUCGGCUCCGACGUGGGCAAGUUCAGCAACUCCGCGUCCGGCAUCAUGGACCUCGACCUCAUCGACUACGAGCUCGGCUUCGGUGUGUCCACGCUGGGCAUGGACAAGGCGAGCAGGCUGAGGACGGGCGAGAGCGCCAUGACACACGCCAUGGUGCUCACGGCGGUGCACCUCGACGCCCAGGGCAAGAGCGUGCGGUGGAGGGUGCAGAACAGUUGGGGCGAGAGCGCGGGCGACAAGGGCUGGUUUGUCAUGAGCGAUGCGUGGAUGGACGAGUUUGUGUACCAGGCUGUCAUCGACCCGCGAUUCCUGAGCAAGGAGGUCAAGGGGGUUAUUGGUACGGAGCCGAUUGUGCUGCCGCUGUGGGACCCGAUGGGCAGUUUGGCAUAG